UCACGCGUCGGAUUUUCACCUGAGCCCAAUAAACAAAACUACAACACUACCCAUCCCCGAGACGACUCCACCCAGAAUGGCUUCGGAAAUGAUGAGGAGGGGGAUGGGGAUGGGGCAUUCUCCCCACAGUCGGAUCACGAGGAUCAGCAAGAGCAGAAACAGAGGGGGGCGGGGGCGCUGCUGAACAGAUAUGACGUGGAUAGGUUCAGGAAGUCUUAUUUGAAUAUAAUCUACGUGGCUAUGCUCGAAGAGGGAUACAACAAAUCAUACAAAGAGCUGUUCAACUUGGUGACAAGUCAAGUGGCGAAGAGAGAGGAAGCGGGACCCAAUUCAUUUCUGUGGUUCAAGCCCCUCCUGAGGGACAACAGACAGCAUCUGGAGACCCUGUCCUACUUCCUCUGUCGCUCAGAGGAGGCCCAGAGGGAGGGCAAUCUGGCCAGGGUGUAUGGGGAGAGACUGAUGUUGGCAGAGUACUUCGAACAAAACAGUUUCGAUGAGCUUGCCACUCACUUCUACAAAUCGUGUCUGCGCAUCAGCAACGACAUCGAAGACGAGGGCCUCACUCAUGCACAAGCAAACUGUUUUAUGGGACAAGACGUCUUCUCAAAGGGCGAGACAGAGGAGGCACUGGAGUACUUUGAGAACUACUAUGAGUUGAGUAGGGACCAGGAGUGGACCAAUGAGCACGGGGUGUCCCUAGUGCAGGAUGCGUGCGUCAAACUACUCCGAGUGUACAUCAAGAUUGGGGACCAGUGUCUCAGUAAAGGCGAUGACAAGACAGCAGUGGCUUACUUCCGCAAGGCGCAGGACUUUGCUCAGGCCAGUGGGGUGGCGGAGGAGGAGGCGACUACCCAGUACAGACUGGCAUGCAGUCUGCAGCAGAUAGGGGCCAACACGGAGGCCAUCUCCCUCUUCACCUCCUACAGGGACAAGUGCUAUCACAUUGGAGACUUCAAGGAGAGGCCCAAAAUGAGCUAUGCCGUUCGACUAAGACACCAGAGGAGGUGUACCGUAUUGCACUGUCAUACGAACGUGGAUACAAGUAUGCUAAAUCAUACGGAUCGGCAACCGGGGGAGCAACAACUAGUGGCCCCACCGAUGGAAAUGGAGCGUUUCAAAUCAAAACGGAACCUGUGGGAACAAUCCGAGGAGGAUAUCGAAAUAAUCGACAGCGCGGCCGUGGACGUUCAGAAGAUGAACAGAGAUGAGAGGGGGAGUUUCUAG